CUGAACACUAGUGCAAAGGGAAGCAAAUUGAACACAUUGCAUUAGCCUCAUUUGACCUUGCAUGUUACUACAGCAGAAUCUCAAUGAAUGGUGGAGGUUCAUGUAUCUAUGUAAAAAAAGGGAGCUAACACCAUCACUGGGGGAGUGCCUGCGCGUGUUGUGCCAUGAGCUUUGUGCUGAUGGGCUGGUGACUUCAGACAUUCCUGAUGCAGUUUGCAGCAGCAUUGACAAUGCCUCUCAACACUUUCCUGAUCCAGCAGAGGUUGACCCAUGGAGAAGAUGUCACAACAGGCUGCUGUCCUGUGCUGCGCAUUCUUACCAUCACUCAGAGUCUGCAAGCAACCCACGCUACUACCACCUGGAAUCGUGGGAGGAAAGCUACCAUGGCAGUCAAGAAUCCCUUGUACCCACUUCAUAA